GAGCUUCUUGUGGAGUUGUCACCGUUUAUUUAUUUUUUGGGUGUAAUCCAUGUCGACGGACGGAAAUUGGACCGGAGUUGUUAAUGUUCCGCUUGAUCGUCAACUUUGAUCCACAGAGCAUUACUUCGUAAAGUAGUUAAAUUAAGCCAUGAGCCGGUUCUCUGGUACAAUUGACAUUCUAUUGAUCAAUCCCAUACCAAUAUCGGGUUCAAAUUAUGAGUGAAGGAAGCCGAAAAAUGCCAGGCCGAUCCGAGCCUUAUGAAUACUCUUUCAUCCCCGGCCCCGCUCCCGUCACCGACUCAGAAUUUCAAGGACCAAUUCAACAGGAUAUCGUCGACACGAUUGAGCAAUGGAAUUACGAUAAUAGCUAUAACGAUCCAGAUUUUGGGUAUAUAGUUCCACUACCGGUGAACACUCUGGAAAGCCAGUAUGCAUCCGACACAUCGAGAUCAUCUCGUGAUCCUAACAGCUUGGAACGAUCCUCCGUGACUGAGGAAUCUUUACUAGAUCUGCUAGAUGGUUCACACACCAUCGAAAAAACUACAAAUAUAACAAAAAAGCCCAAGCCUCAACAACUACCAGAAGCGCUCAAGUACUUAGCACCAGUACCUACUCAAAGAGAUAAUUCUCAUCAAUCUGUCAAGAUCCAAUCGAGGAACCCUCAACAAUCCACAACCGAUGAGCUACUAUCUCUUCGACAACCUCCUUCACAUUCUCGUUAUCCUGAAAAACAAGCUCAAGAUGCACAAACGAUUUCUUAUCAACCUUCUACGACAAAUCCCACAACUCUCGCAGUUGUAAAUGACCCAUUCCUGUACGGUGAUGUUGAUGUGUUUUCGCAGCCACUGGAAAUCCAAUUAGGUCCAGUACCACCAGCUUCAUUAUCCAAAGGAAAACGAAAACAAUCUUUCAGCCCUUCCCCGUCGCCGGGUCCUGAAUCAUCACGCCCAAGAAGGGUCGCAAAUGCCAAGCGUCGGCGCGAUUUCAAUUCUUCUGCUUCUUCACAACCUUCAUUUGGCACUGAAUGGUGGGAAAGUGAUGCCUCACUUUGCUGGAGGUGCCGCAAGCAUAAUGCAAACCACCUGAUAUCAGGAUUUUGUGAUUCUUGCAUCCGAGUAUCAAACUUUAAUGUCGCUCCAAGUACUCAAGGGACGAGAACGGAGAAUCUAGAAAGCCUGGUCUUAUACCUAUUACCAUCACAUGUGGAAGAGAAUCUUCGCGCCAUUCCUCGAAAUACACUAAAAACCAAAACUUGGCGUAUGUUUUCGGCUGAAAGAGCCGAAAAAGCCUUCGAUCACGAUUUUGAAAAUACCGUAUUUAGAGAUCAUUUCGUCUUAGCACAAGAGCAGGCUCGUUCAACCGGAGUCUUUGAUGAAAAAUACUCAGAUCUAAUGGCCAUAGCUCAAUCAUACCAGGAAUCCAUUCUCCAACCUAACAAAUCUCUCGAAGCUUCUUGCAGGAUUCUAAUCGAAUGUUGCGAAUUGUACAAAUGUUUCAUUACAACGACGAUGCCGCCAGCUCCAAUUCCAGUUCUCAAUCUCCUCGAAAAGAUCCGCACCACACGUAGCACGAUGCGUAGAGCUUUCAAGGAAUACCAGGCACUCGCACUUGCUCCCUCUGACUUUCGCUCUCGGCGCGAUUGGCUACCUUCAUUUCUUUCCGCGUGUUCUCUUGCAAUAUCGGCAGUUGUGUUUAUAGAUAUGAUGGUAGCGGUCCCAUCACCCUACAAAGAGAGAAUAUGGGGUGUGGCGUGGCAAGAGAGAAUAACUCAAAUCAGACAUGGAGGAUAUGGGAUGAUGCUGGAAGUUUUGAGAGCAAACACGAAGAAUGUAAAUCCUUUGGAAUUGAGUUGCUGGGAUCAGGAUUUUGGAAUGGAUACAAACUUCCAAGCAUUGAACAAUGCUUAUGAUCCUGUCGCUGGGAAUCAAUACAUGAAUGCACAGUACAACACUGGUUACGGACUCGAUCCUUCCUCUAACCCACAGUUUUCCUAUGGACUCGCAACACCUACAACGCAAGACUUCGCUCCUGAUAUUAUGUACGCGAAUUUGGAUUACGAUCAAGCUUACUAUAACAACUGGCAACAAAUGCAGCUCAGAAUGCAAAAACAAGCAAAAGCGGAGGAAGAGAGAAGGAUCUUGCUGGGAGAUACUUCACCAGAGGCACUGCAAGGAAUGAUCGCGGUGAAAACCUGGCAGAUGAGAAACUUCGAACAUUUGAAGUUGGGCGAGAAUAUUUUCAAAAAGGAUCUGUAUAGACAAGCGACUAUCAAUCCGAUUGCGGGCUUGUGGAGAAUUUUCGAUAUGAAGUGAGGAAUGGAUGGGAAGAAAGAAAUGUUUGAAUCAUGAUUUGGUACUUGAAUCCAAAUUGUGAAAGAGACAUGAAGGAUUGAGACGAAUUGGAUGGCUUACUUCAUUCACUGAUUUCCUUUCCAAGUAGCAGGCCUAUAGAAUUUUAUUUGUAGUUUCUAAUAAUGAGUAUUUCUAUCAAGCUUUCACAUCAUCUCUGUUCAGUCUUAUUACAUUGGAUCAGGACCUGGAAGUUUCCAACUCCAAGGAUAAUUAUCGUGGUAUUUA